ACAAUAUGCCCAGCGUGAUAAGGGCUUGUUUAUUUUUAAAUCCGGUUUGAAAGCGGUUCUGCGUCAUAAUCCGGAUUUAAGUUAGCGUGUGGUGAUCGAUCUUGAACAGCUUAUUUUGCUGAAUUUAUUAACAUGGCGGAUAGAGGAGCAGUUUGGACAGACGAUGAAACAAGACUUCUGAUAAAAUUCUGGGGACAGAAAGAGGUACAGGAAAGCCUCGGAGGAACGUACAGAAAUUCCGAGAUUUAUGACCAAAUUGCGGACAAAAUGGCGGAAAAUGGAUAUGAUAGAAACGCCAAGCAAUGCCGGUGUAAAGUUAAACAGCUGAAAAAGGAUUACAGACGCGAAAGAGAAUUUGGCAGCCCCUCUAAACGACGUGCAUUCAGGUUUUAUGACGAGAUGGAAGGCAUACUGGGAAAUCUGGAAGCUCCAGGAUUGGCACCGGAGAGCACUUCCGAUACUGAAAUCUCGAAUCAAACUGAAGAAAACGUCACCGUAGGAGACCAGAAGAUAAAGUCCUCCGAAGCUGGUUUAGUUCCAUCAUGGGAUUCAGCUAUAGAGUCUAUUAAAGUGGAGAUGCCGCCUUCUAAGUUCGAGAUAUCAGCCCCUGGUAAUAGUAGUAGAACAGAAACCAAUAAUAAUACAGCUGUCUCACAAGAAAAAUUCAGAAAACGGAGAAGCAUAACAAGUCUUGCAGAUAGAUUGCGGACAGCGAAAAGGUGUAGAAGUUCUUUUAUCAAAACUAGAGACGGUGAGCGGGACACCAAGUCUCUUCUGGAGCGUACGCUAGUCUCACAGACCCCCGAGUUCCAGGCCUCUGUCCUCUUAGAGAUGGAAAGGAUGAAGAUAGAAAAAGAAAUCGAAUUAGAACGAAUGAGGCUGGAAUACAAACAAAAACAGUGGAAGGAUAUUCUACAGCUUCUGACUCAGAAAUAUAGUCCGCGAAACGUGUGUUCUACCCAAUCAACCAGUGGUAUUAAUUCGUCCUCGCAGAAUCUGAACAAUUGCGACGGUGUUGAAAAUUCUCGGAGCAGUGAAAGUAAUGCAUCGUAACGGAUUCAUUAUUUCUAUUACAUAAUGGAGAUUGUACAUAUAUGUUCGUGGGUCCAAUGCCUUGAGACAUCAACAGGAAACUUUCUGACCCCCCCCCCCCCCCCGAUUUUUUCCACAGUAGAUCAUCCAAGUGAUCAAUGCUAAUUUUCUUUACAGUCGCCCCAUUCAGUAUAGAUACAGAAAUGUUACACAAGACAUUCUUCCUGGUGACGUCAGUAGCAUUUUUGCGAAUUUGUAUAAUUUUCUUUUGAUAAUAAAACAAAAACAAAAUUUUUGAACAUGUAAUUAUAAGAAAUAAUGAACGUAUAUGUAUUUGAUUGAUUUUAUAAUGUUUAAGCCCCUCUCGAGAAUAUUUCACUGAUAUGGAGAUGUCACCAAUGCCGGUGAAGGGCUGCAAAAUUUAGGUCUAUGCUCGGCGCUUACGACCUUUGAGCAGGGAGGGAUCUUUAUCGUGCCACACCUGCUGUGACACGGGGUCUCGUUUUUUGCGGUCUUAUUCAAAGGACCGCCCCAUUUAUUCGCCUCUUACGGCAAUCAAGGAAUACUGAGGAUCUAGUCUAACCCGCAUUUCCACGGGACUAUAUGUAUUUUAUGUCAGAUAUUUAAUAACCCUGUAGGGAAGGUAUUGUAUUUUCUAGUUUCUACAGUUUUGAUAUCAAUGUGUUAAACGCCUAAGAGAGUCUGACGAAUAAUUAUUAAAGCGUGUUGUCUUCAAAGAAUCGACUGGUUCCUGGAAAAACAAUAGUAGCAAAAAUAAUUAUUUCAAAGUCUUUUUUUUUUUCCUUGAAAAUUUUCGCUUUCGACUAUAUAUGUAUAAACAGCAGGACCUACUGCAAUUGGUUGUCGUGCGUUCAUCCGCUGUACGUUAAUCAUUGAACAUUUUAACUUAAUUUUGGUAACUGCUAUUACAAUUUCUUUCAAAUUUGGUAUGAAGCGUCUCUGGGACAAAUUAAUGUUCUUUCAACUAUGUCCCGCGAGGUUCCGGGUUAUAAUAAGUCAUCCGUAACUCUUGCUAGUUUUAAAAGGCGACUAAAUGGGGCGGUCCUUUGGAUGAGACCGCAAAAAGCGAGACAGAAUCUAUUCAAAAGCUUCCAUUUAGUGAUUUUGACUACGGAUUACUCCGUUUAUCUGAUCAACAUAUAGGAAACAAGGCGAGUGUGACCAACCAACAGGGGGCACUUACAUCUCCUAGGCACUUGAUCUAGCCUCUUGUGUGUCCAAAGGGUCCGUGUUUAUCUUACUCCCAAUUUCGUAGAAUUUGAGAUUGAUUACUGUUCGUUAUAUAUAUAUUCACUUUUUCAAUAGAGAAAAAAUCUCUUGCUGUGGUCUGCAACUCGACAUUUAGAUACACCGACUACAUUUUACCUAUUAACAAUAUUUACUUUUCAUUCAUGUCAAUUCUAUAUAUUCCAAUGAACUCGAAAUAAAAGAUAUCUCAAAGUC